AAAAUAAAAUCAGCUAAUCACGCAUCACGCGAAUACCCCUAUACCACACUAGCCGGCCUUUGCGAAUAAAACGGCAUCCGUAAUCAUAAGGUUUGAGACUUUGCCACAGCUUUCCGGGUGUGGAAACUUUUCGGGACCUUCGAGAAACGGGCCCCAGGCUUCUUUGGGUCGUGGCCAGACACAGGAAAGACUAAUGUUGUGUUCACACUCGGUACCCGAACACUGGUGCCCGGGCACCAGCACGCACCAGCACAAAAUAGUGUUGCCUUCAGAUACUGGGUACUCCCAGUACCCAAGUAACCAAGCAACGAUUUCCGAAGAAACCUGAAGCGGCUCUCCCGAACACUCCUGAAUUUGACCUGAACGUUACCACCAAGUCAGUUAAUAUUUCCGAUCUCCCGAAGAUUGACGAAGAACACCCGAAGUCUUAAUCACACAAGUUUUGCUCUUGAUGCUGUAGCAUUCUCUCAAAAUUAAGGAUCAGUAUAACAUUAGUGCUUUCAGAAUUUCCAAAUAUUGCUCUAUAGGCCUCUUGAGUUAAACUAUACUAAUUUUUGAGUCGCAGGUAAGAAAGUAAGUUGAAAAUGUUUUCGGAAUACAAUUGCAGUCAUCGCAACGAGCUUACACUUUGUUUUACAGUAGCGCAGGCCUCGGGCAGAUCGCAUUGGAUGACAGAGACUGGGAUCACACGCGGUUAUAAAGAGAGCACUCUUCUCCUGAUGGCAAUUCCAGUGGUGAUCUUAGCCAUUAGAGACUGAGAUGUAUAACAGGAGGCAUCAUGCCGACGUCGAGAAAAGCAUAAGAUCAAGCUUGUUCAUGGCGACGAACGAAGUCAGGACUGAGAAAGAAAGAGAUUUCACAGACUCCGCACCGACUGGUGAAGGAACACUGGCUUUUGACGACAUCACCUUGCAAGCAAUAGCAGAGGUGUACAAGAAUGAAGGAAAUGGUGCAUUUAAAAGAGAGGAAUUCAGCAACGCCAUUGCAUUUUACUCGGAAGGAAUUAAGGUGAACUGCAGGGAUGACGAACUUAAUGCCAAACUGUACAACAACAGAUCAAUGGCUCAUUUCUAUUCGGGUAAGACCAUGUUCUAUGUAUAAUUCUUUGAGUUUACCACUGAGUAAUAUGUCACUCUUCCAUUGUAUUAUUCUACCGGACUUGUAACUGUAAAACUUCGCCUCCAUAAAGGAGCGCAGUCACGGUUUGCGCAUAUUGAAAAGUUUAGCCUCAAUUUUUCAAAUUCGU